AUGAAGUUUUUUAGCCUCGCCGUCGCUGCCUCCUCUCUCGCAGUCGUCUCUGCCUCGCCCGUCGAAAAGCGCGAAGUCGGCGGUGUUCUCAUUUGCACUGGUCCCGAUGCUACCGGCGACUGCAUCUAUCAAAAGUACGAGCUAGAGAAGUGCCAUCAGCUCAAGGCGCCGUUCCUGGGAAACUCGGCCACUUUUGCCCCCGACGGCGACGACUUUUACUGCUAUCCGCACCUGUCCAACUGUGGCGAGUGCAGGUCGCCCUCGGGCUGCACCUUUGGCGCGGUCGACUUCAACUACGAGCACAAGUUCAACUUGACGGCGAUUCAGUGGAACACGAACCUUCGCUCCUUUGACUGCUACGAGAAGCGAAAGGAAAAUUAG